UUCCACGCAUGAUUUAAAACGAGCGCAUCCCUCACUGUGUCGCUUUCACAACAUUUCGGAAGGACAUUUAUACCUCCACGCUACAACAAAUAACCAUAAGUAUUCCACAUUUGGAACAAUAUUCUACGUGUCUCCGAAAUGUUUCAAAGAAGUAAAAACCUACGAUAUUUGCUGAGCCUUGUGCCUGGCAAACGUCGUUUUGGGCCGUACAGGUUUCUUCCUGUCUUUUUUUGCAUUGGAGGCGUCAUGGAGUGGAUUAUGAUUAACAUGAGGAUAGGAAAAGAAACAUUUUAUGAUGUCUACAGAAGAAAGCGAUCAGAGAGGGAGUACCAGCAGAAAGUAUCAGAAGGUUUCAUAGUUCUAAAUGGGCCCACAGACAAGUAAAUGAGUGGUU